AUGUUGACCAAGAUCUUCUCGCUCCUUCUCCUCAUCGCUCUGAGCACCUCUGUCCAUGGACAAAGAGGAAUGCGUCGUGAGCUGAGCCACGAAGACACCGAUCUCUACACUUACAUGAUGAGCGGAAAAGGCAAGGGCGGCAAGGGCAAGGGCGGCUCCUCCUCCUCGAGCAGCGGAAAGGGCAAGGGCACUCCUAAGCCUACCUUGACUCCCACCACUUCUCCCUCCAAGGUGCCUACCAAGGCGCCUACAAGUAUGCCCUCCAAGAUCCCUACUUCGGCGCCCAGCACACCUCCUCCAACAAAGACUCCUACCACUUCUCCCUCCAAGAUGCCAACCAAGGCCCCCACCAUGCUUCCAUCAGCAUCUCCAAGCAUGACUCCCUCUGUCAGCAAGGGCAAGGGAAAAGGAAAAGGAGGAAAAGGAAAGGGAGGAAGCUCCAGCAGAAGAUGGUAG